AUGUACACGGCUCAAGAAGGAGUGGCUAUUGGUGGUGACGCUUUGGAGACUCAAUGGCUUCCACAACACACGGGAACUUAUCGCUACCAUCAGCCAUUGGCCACUUCACUCACGCAAAACCCUGUUGCGAACAGCGCUCUCCGUUUCGAUCCAUAUGAAGAGCUGCUUUGGGCUGGCACUACUGCUGGUCGAGUUUACUCUUAUGGAGACGAUUUCGCGCGAUACACGGCUUUUGGAGUUACGACACACUUUAGCGAUAAAUCUCCAACGGUUCAAUCGAUCGAGUUCACCGAGGAUUACAUAUUGUCGUUAACAAAUGCGACUUUGAAAGCGAACACACGACAAGGGUUAUCUGUAUUCAACCAUGAAUCUCCGCAUAUGCAUCAUUUAUCGGCAAUGCUUCGUCUACCCGAUGCCCCAAACUCGUUGCUUAUGGGCGGGAAUCAGGAUCGCUUGUUGCAAUUUGAUUUGGUCACACUCAAAGAUCAACGCGUGCACAUUUUACGAAACGAGAAAAGUGCGAUGAUUAUUCGCGCCAAUGACAAGAACAUAUUUUUGGGGACAAGAGAUGGACGGGUUGCUGUGUUGAAUCCGAAAACUUUUGAGACCGUGAAAGUGAUCGAAGCGCACGCGAAUCUCACCGAUUUCGACGUGAGCGGGAAUCGUUUGAUCACUUGCGGGCAAAGCGUUCGAGGAGGUACACUACAUGGUGAUCCGUAUGUGAAAGUUUAUGAUCUUCGGACUCAUCAGGCAAUGCAACCGAUUCCUUGGGGGCACACGCCAAGAUUUUGUCGCUUUUUCCUUUCCUAUUGUGAUACGCGAGUGAUUCUCGUUGGAAGAGAUGGACCUAGUCAAAUUGUGGAUUUAAAUUCAACGGUCAAGGAGCCACUGUUUCAGGCGACAAGCAGUACACUCGAAAGCUUUGACUACAGUCCAUCACGACAAGCUAUUGCUUUUGGAACAAUGUUUGGUGAAGUGAAUGUUUGGUUUGAUCGCGAGGAGCCAGUAUUCAAUGAAAACGCUUUCGAAACGGUUUUUGCCGAUCCACCGUGUGGACCGCCUCAAUCAUUUCUUUACGACGAUACAACAACUCCACUAGCCGCUGUUCCAUUGCCAUUCUCGCCGGAUGAUUGGCUCCUUUCCGAUUGGCCUGAAGAACUUUGUAGACCAAAUUACAAAGUGCCGAGAAUGCCAUUCCGAGUCAGCAAUAUAACCACACGGCAAUUCGUUGGAUAUGCCAAAAAUCCGUUGUUACAUCUAAAAUUGAAAAAUUUCAACCUCGUCCCUUAUGUUGUCGAUGGAACAGAAGAAACAAUAGAGCAAGUGUUAGCGCCACCAACAGUGCCAACUUUUUACCAAAAAAAGAUGAACACUUCACUUACCGCAAAACGUUUGACACGAGAAUUUGACGAAAGGAUAUUGAAAGGAAUGAACAGCACGGACAUUCCCUCAGUCGAGCCAAACUCUGGAUCCGGUUUUGCAAAUCCGUUGACUCUUCUGUUGUACGCGGUGGUUCCUUUGCGCAAUCUUGCUCUCAAUCAUUUAUGUCAAGAGGAGUUGUGUCUCUGUUGUGAAUUAGGAUUUCUCUUCAGAAUUUAUUCCGAUCAAAAAGAGGCCACUCCCGUUUCGACAAACAAUUUGAUGAGAGCCUUGCGAGGACUUGAGUUUAAAAACGAAUCCACCAACAUUCCGACUCUAAUUCAUCAAUUUUUUUGCUUCAUACUCUCAAAUCUUCAUGAGAACCUUUUGGAAACAGAGCAUCAACUACUGGAAACUCUGCUUCGAACGCAAAUCAAUAUAAAUGCGAAAUGUGUUCGAUGCACAGAAAUUCAAACAUUCGAGGAAGAAUUGAUCGGACUUUCACUUGAAUAUCCAGAAGGUUGCUCUCGAUUUGGUCUCACAACUUUAUAUGAGAAAGCAUUGAUCAAGAGACGCCCCACCGACUCAUAUUGUGCUAAAUGCGAUAAAGAUACGAUACACGAGAGAACCGCGAAAGUAAAAAGCUUGCCACCAAUUCUUUUGAUCGAAACGAAUCCGGCGACUCCAGGCUUUGAGAGCUUUUGGCUAACAAAGAUUCAUGAAAUGGAGAAGAGAAUCCCCUACGUGAAUCCCUUGCGCUUAUUUUCGUUGGAUGGAAAAGGAAGCGAUGCAACGCCUUGUCGAUACGGGGGACAAUGUCGCCAUCAAGAUACCUGCAAAUUCAGACAUCCGCCAAAUGCGAGCGAUUGGAGUAAAGAAGUGGAUGCUUGGAUUGAAGUGGCGAUGAUGCCUCCAAUUGGGGAAAAUGAAUGGGUGCAUAUUAUUCCUGAAGAAAUCAACAUUCGUCUGUCACAAGGGAUUCCGAUUAUCAAUGAUCAGCCAACCAAUCAAGAAACUGAUGUUUAUAAAUUGUGCGCAAUGGUGUCAAUGAUUGGAAAUGGUGAAGAAGACUGGCCGCACGCUGUGGCACAGAUUCGCGAGGGAUCAAGUGAUGAAUGGCUUGUCUCAAACGAGCUAUUGGUGACAAGAGUGCCUUCAAAAGAAGCUCUUCAUGUCGAUUAUCGAUGGAAACUGCCAUCAGUGCUCGCCUAUGUGCGCACUGAUUACAUGGACACAAAAGAAGGCGCGCGUGCUCUUGUUCCAGAUACAAUCUUCUCUGUUGAUACGAAUCUCACAGGAAAUCAUGAGAUUGCGCGUGAUCGACGCGCUCGUUUAGCACCAAAUUUCGAUGAUAUCGUGGCUUUGGAUGCUGAGUUUAUUGAUGUGAAUGAAGAUAUUGGUCGAAAGUCGAUUGCUCGUUUGAGUUGUGUGGAUGGACGUGAUGGACAGGUGAUUAUGGAUGACCAUGUGGCGACUUGUCCUGGCGAUAAUGUCGGAAAUUAUUUGACGCAUGUUAGCGGAAUCAUCAGGGAUGAUUUGGACCCGAUCACAUCGACAAAACACUUGACAACGCUGAAAACGGUUUAUCUGAAAAUCCUGAACCUUGUGCAGAAAGACGUGAAAUUUGUCGGACAUGCCUUAUCGAAUGAUUUUUCGGCUCUCAACUUAUACGUACCACCGAAUCAAAUCUUGGAUACAGUGCACCUCUUCCGUGAUCGAGCUCCUCAAUGCCGAAUGCUUUCACUCCAAUUUCUUGCUUAUCAUUUAUUGAAUGAAAAGAUCCAGCAAAACAUACAUGACUCGGUCGAAGAUGCACGUAUCGCUCUCCAACUCUAUCGAAAAUGGGAAGAGUUGAAUGCAAGCGGGGAUUUGGAGAAGGCAAUUCAACAACUCUAUGAGACGGGCAAACAAUGCAAUUGGAGAGCCGGAGGAAGCAAUCGAGGAAGACAAAGCAGCAGUCCCGAACAAUCAACCCUAUCAAAUGCAUCGAAA